UUUUUUCGUUUAGUUUAGAACAUAUAAAUUAUUAACACAAAAACAUGAGCUCAAACAACCUGGACACUGUUCAGAUAAUCUACUCUGUUAAAGUUAAGGUCAAGCCCGAGCUCAAUAAGUAAACAAGAAUGGCGGUUCUAUUAGCAAUAGGUGUAAUCGUUGUGCUGAUGAUUGCUGGGUAUUUGGUGCUGAGACCCAGGCCUAACUUGCCCCCAGGACUUCCAGCACUCCCUGUGAUAGGAAGCCUUCCUUGGCUAGACAGCAAGGAUCCACUUGGACAACUCGUUAAGGUGCACAGACAAUAUGGCGAUAUCGUCACCAUCCACUUGGGCAUGAAACCGUGUGUCUAUCUUAACAGUUAUGAUGUCAACAAAGAAGCUCUUGUCACACAGAAGAAAAACUUUUCUGACAGACCUGACAUGUUCAUCUUAGAAACAAUGGGGACUACAAAUAAAGG